GAGUUUCCUGUGACGGACACUUCGUUUCGGAUUCGAUCCCACCCACCUCUGUCCGUACGUUCAUGUUUCGGAGAAAUUCCGCUUCGAUUCCCACUGUCAGUAGGUGUUUCGGGAAGAGGGCAAUCCAGUCGACAUGAUUAAAGCCAUCCUGAUAUUUAACAACCACGGCAAGCCGCGACUCUCCAAGUUCUAUGAGCGCUAUAGUGAAGACACACAACAACAGAUUAUUAGGGAGACAUUCCACUUAGUGUCAAAAAGAGAUGAAAAUGUCUGUAAUUUCCUGGAAGGUGGCAUGUUAAUUGGAGGAGCAGAUAAUAAACUUAUUUACAGACAUUAUGCAACUUUGUAUUUUGUCUUUUGCGUGGAUUCUUCAGAGAGUGAACUGGGCAUCCUGGACUUAAUUCAGGUUUUUGUGGAAACAUUGGACAAAUGUUUUGAAAAUGUCUGUGAGCUGGAUUUAAUUUUCCAUGUAGACAAGGUUCACAACAUUUUGGCUGAAAUGGUAAUGGGAGGAAUGGUUUUAGAGACCAAUAUGAAUGAAAUAGUAACUCAAAUUGAUGCACAAAACAAAAUGGAAAAGUCUGAGGCUGGUCUGGCAGGAGCUCCAGCCAGAGCUGUAUCAGCAGUAAAGAAUAUGAAUCUGCCUGAAAUGCCUCGAAAUAUUAACAUUGGAGAUAUCAGCAUAAAAGUGCCAAAUCUGCCCUCAUUUAAAUAGAAAAACAUAUUCAACCUCGUUUGAAAUUGUUUCAGAAAAGGUUUACCAUGUCUACCAAAUAAAAAUUUCUCUUAGUAUUGAAGGGUAUUUUGGGAAAUUUUGAGUUGCACCAAUAAAACAAAAAAAAAGUUUGUGUUUGAGAUUUGUUUUAAACCUGAAUGAGUUUCCUUUGUAGUACCCACAUUACAUCUACAUUCCGGUGCUCUAUGAAGUGACUUUUAUUGUGUGCUGGCUGCUAUUUAAGAGAACUUAUUUAAGAUGAUAGUGACUUUACACAUUCAAUGUUAUUAACUAUUCUUUGUAUAUCUUGAUUUCGUGUAAACAGUAAAACAAACACACUUGACUUUUUUGGGGGGAUAUUUGUAUUUAUUUAGAAGUCUGUUGAAUAGUGGAGCCAAAGGAAUCUUGUAUGAUAAGUUUUUCAGUUGCAGUGUUAUGAUAGCAUAAAAAUAAAUGGAAUGUGUUUCUAUCAGAACUUAAGAUUGCCAUCCUUUCCAUUCCAAGACUUGUUACAGAAUCCAGCUUCAACAAGAAGUCAGCUAUAAUAAUUUGCUAACUGUGUAUUCAUAAUAACAUUUGUUUGUAUUUAUUGCUAAUGCCAGUGGACUUGGACAAGUUUAAGGUAGAAAAGUCAUUGUGGAAUUUGGCAUUAGAUUAAAAAAAAUCUUAUUGGAACAAUAUUUUUUAUAAUGCAAUAUUUUGCUCUGUCUGGGAUGGAAAGGGUAAAAGCCAUCUUAAUACUAAUAAAUACUGGUUUAAGACCAACACAUGCAUGUUUAUUGUUGUAUGUUUGACCUGUAGGUGGAAUUUCAUUUUUAUAAUGAAAAUGCUAGCACAUUGAGCACAAUGUUUGCCCUAUGCAUUACUUGUACAAACACUGAACAAUUGUGAAAUAUUCACUGUUUAGAAAUAAAACAUGGAUUUAUGUCUGGAAGAUUACUUGAAAUUAAUAGCAAGUUAAUAACAAAUUAUUUGUAGUUAACUGAGAAAGGAAUUAACAAUACUUGAAUUAAAAUGGAAAGAUUUGAAGAAGAUUUUCAAAGGUCAAAAUUGAAGGGUGUAGUUGGCAAUAAUAUGGCAUGUAAUGGUUUGCAGAUCUGCAUAUUUGCAAUCUAGGAAAAACAUUUAAUUUCAUUUUAAAUUUAGUUACUGUAGAAUACAUACUAAGUAGUGAAUAAGUUCAUAUUGUGCAAAAUAGCUUGUAACUAUCAGUUUUGUUACAUGAUUAAUAA